UGUGAGCAUCAUAUUGUCUUACUAUUUGGUUUUAAAUUAUAUUAUGAUAUCUCUAAUCUUCAUCUGACAAGUUGAUCAUAGAGCAAUGGCGGACAGCAAGGCAGUGACAAUACGUACGAGGAAGUUCAUGACCAACCGUCUUCUCUCUAGAAAACAAUUCGUCGUUGACGUUUUACAUCCCGGAAGAGCAAAUGUUUCAAAGGCAGAGUUGAAGGAGAAGUUAGCCAGGAUGUAUGACGUGAGGGAUCCAAAUGCCAUUUUUGUAUUCAACUUCAGAAACCACUUUGGAGGUGGCAAAUCUACUGGAUUUGGUUUGAUUUAUGAUUCUGUUGAGAGUGCUAAAAAGUAUGAGCCAAAGUACAGGCUAAUCAGGAAUGGACUGGACAAGAAGGUAGAGAAAUCAAGGAAGCAAUUGAAGGAAAGAAAGAACAGAGCUAAGAAGAUACGUGGAGUAAAGAAGACCAAGGCUAGUGAAACUAAGGGUAAGAAAAAGUAAGGUUAUCCUCAGGAUUCUAGCAUGCCUACACAACGAGUGCUCCCUCUUGCCCGCAGUCUUAACAGCUUUCUUCACAAAUAAUUUUCUUUUAUGGUUUCUUGCUAUCAAUUUCUCUCCACAUCUAUUAUAUAUAGUGGUGCAAAACAAG